CGGUAGGCUCGGGGCGGGGCGAUAUUUGGUACCGUUAUCUCUUGAGAGAGGAGCUGCAGUAUAACGGACACCGCGCAGCCCGGACCGCGAUCCCCCUGCCCGCAGCACCAUGGCAUCUGGCGUAGCAGUUUCUGAUGGAGUUAUCAAGGUCUUCAAUGACAUGAAGGUGCGGAAGGCCUCCACCCCCGAUGAGGUGAAGAAGCGCAAGAAGGCAGUGCUGUUCUGCCUGAGCGAGGACAAGAGGAACAUCAUCCUGGAGGAGGGCAAGGAGAUCCUGGUAGGGGAGGUGGGUGAGACGAUUGAGGACCCCUAUCUGCACUUUGUCAAGAUGCUCCCCCACUCUGACUGCCGCUACGCCCUCUAUGACGCCACCUAUGAGACCAAGGAGAGCAAGAAGGAGGAUCUGGUCUUCGUCUUCUGGGCCCCAGAAUGUGCCCCCCUCAAGAGCAAGAUGAUCUAUGCCAGCUCUAAGGAUGCUAUCAAGAAGAAACUCACAGGUAUCAAGCAUGAGUUGCAAGCAACCUGUUACGAGGAGGUGAAGGAUCGCUGCACCUUGGCCCAGAAGCUGGGCGGCAAUGCCGUCGUCAGCUUGGAAGGGAAGCCCUUGUGAGCGGCUCCUAGUGCCAGUUUAUACCGGAGCUUCCAUGUUAAUCAGUCCUGUGCUACCUUUUUUGGGGGUGGGGUUGGGAGGGUCGUGGGGGGGGGAUAAUUACUUAGAUAAUGUUCAGAUUCUUUGCCUCCUAAGUCUCCUUCUCCGGUUUGCACGAUCAGAGUCCCCAAGACACUCCACGGCCCGGCCGUGCCUGGUGUGCAGGGCACCUGCCAAACCCACUGCCUCCUUGGUUACCUGGAAUUUCUGCCUUGGAGACAAAAGGGACCAUUCCCUGGGCACUGUAGCUUCUCCUCAAGGUCCUGGGCCACUGCACCAUCAGAAGGGACCAUGCAUUGAGCUCCCUAGCUUGGUAUCUAGAGACACCAAGAAGGGACCAUUCUUGGAGAAUGGGAGCUCACUGUAGGUCUUAGGACAGUUCUACCAUUCCUAGGGAGCCUUCCCUGAGCUUGGUCUAGUUCUGGGACCAUUCCCUAUUUCAAUUCCAGAAAGUCUCUGACCAACCUCUGAAGGAGACAAACUGGUUUCAUGGUCACAUUGCCCUCUCCUGACAUCCCAUCUCAAAUACUCCAUAGGGCUGAAGCCUCAAUGGCCAACCCAUUGCUGGCCAGGGCUAGUGAGUGAGGGACCCUCCAACAGCCAACCCAGGUCUUGAGCCACUAGCAGUUUCUGGUGGAAGGUGACAUCCUAGUAGCUCCUCUUAACUGCAUCCCUGUAGCCUCUUCCUGACUCUGGAAUUAAACAUUUCUUGUGUGUGUA